AUGUCCGCCAUGUCGUCGUGCAGCUUUCCCGAGCCCCCCACUCGCUCCACGCUAGAAGAUGCGCGCAAACAACUCGAGAAACAGCGCAGCGCAGUACAGCAGAUCUCAGCGCAGAUCCAGGCAGCGGAGGACGACUUGGAUCGUAUCGUGAAGGCCCGAAGAAAUGCCAUCCAAGAGAUGCAAAAGGAACGUUCAGCCCUCGAAGACCGGAUGUCGCAAACCCUAGCGUAUUUAGCUCACAUACGAAGGUUGCCGCAUGAGUUGCUGGGACAUAUAUUCACGUUUAUCUUCGAGGAUUAUCCAUGCUGUGCUUGGGUGCUAGCAGCCGUGUGCUCGCUUUGGCGGAGGCAGGUCCUCUCGAUGCCGAGGUUGUGGUCCAAGAUUAAGACCACUCCCACUCUGCACCAGCGUGUUAUCUGUUAUAUUAACGCCACAGCUCAGAUACGCCUUGUGACUACACAAAAUUCAUCGCCGGAUACCGUUCGCCUCUGGCUUGAACGGUCUGGCAACAAGGUUCCCCUCGACAUCGAGAUAUUCUUGCACACACCACGCGAAGCCUCUAGUCACCACCACCACCGCCGGUCGUCUACAUCUACACUUUCCACGGUCAGCGCAUGGGAUGCCUCGUGGUGGGAGAACGAUCUGCCUGGCGCGACUCCUGCGCCUGACACCCCUGCCCAUGGCACUGGACCGGGCUAUCUGCACAUACCUCCUAACGGGCCGCCACAUUUUGUUCCUGCCACCGCGUUACCUCCCAGCCCACCCCUACACCACCAUGUUCAUGGCGGAGCGACGCCAAUCUACCACGAAGUCCUCCAUGUCCCAAGUUGGCGGCAGGUAUCGCAAACAUCCAGGCCUUCGAGCGGGAUGCAUUGGGGCUACAUCACCUUCUACUACCUGAUGCAACAGAUGCACCGCUGGGAACGCUUUGUUUUCCGCUUUGACCGUCAGUUUGCGUCCAUCAACGCGCUGAAGACGAUGAUGGGUGACGCACCAUUGCUCCGCGAGUUCGAAGUCACCGGGGCGGAACCUGCCCUGUUCAACGACUGGUCCUGGAUUCCUAGCGCGAGGCCGACAACUUCGACAAACCUCCCGAUGCUGACGUCGUUAACGCUGCAAUAUGUCCCAUUCAGAUGGUCCUCUCCGAUCUUCCGCAAUCUGCGCUCCCUCUGUGUGCGCACGCUGCCGGGGGCAUCUUUUGCCGUUGAUCGCAUCCUGUACAUCCUAUCAUCUAAUCCGAACCUAGAAAGCCUAUCCCUACACGUCUCAUCUGCCAAUCCUGCUGUGUUGCCAACGUCACAGACGGCCAUGGAACACCUAAAGACCUUCAGCGUCGGCGGACAUUUCCUCCUGGCAGCCCUCGUUGACUGCUUGGCCUUGCCGGUUCUCGGAUCCUUGACGAUUGACAUCGACGCUCGGGACCCAAUCGAGGAGACACUCUCGCAGCUGCUCCUCCGCUCUAAUCACCCGCCCGUUACAUGGCUCUCAAUCUCGUAUGGCUUGAAUACCACGACCUCGGGCAUCUACUAUCACGGCGGCUCGGCGGUCACGUCUUGGAACUUCCUUAACGAGCUUGAUGGGCUGCGGACGCUGCAGGUCGGGAGCGCGCCCUUUGAGCCGCUCGUUGCCAUCCUCGGCACGCCCGAAGACGACGGUCAGGACCAGUGGUACUGUCCUAAUCUCACGUCCCUGUUGUUGAAGGCGUGCCGUCCAUCGCACACUGACGGUGUCGCGAAGCUCGUCCAAACUGUGGAAGCACGUAACCCGGACCCGUCGAACGGCGCGGUGCCAGUCACGGCGGGAGGCGUCUCGCCGGUGAAGCUGCGACAUCUCGAGCUGCACGACUGCGCAGCGCUCGGCCUCGAUGUGAUGAAGUGGCUGAAAAGCAGGAUACCUGAGGUACGCUGUACUGACCCUCCGUAUGACCCGUGA